CGACUUCCACUAUUGAUAAUUGUGACAACCCAAUCCUUUUGAGCUUCCAAUUGAACUUUAAGUGACGUUGAUUUUCAGACAUUCAAGAUCCUUUAUCUACCUGAGUCCUCCGCUAUAAUCGACCUACAUUACCUGACAACCCUUUUUGCCCGCUUCAAUAAUACAAUCUGAAUGUCCACUACGGUUUCCCCGAACCGAAGUCGCUCGGCUUCGCGCGACCCGGCCGCUAAAGCGCUAAAUGAUAUGAAAUUCUCAAUCACGGCACACGACCCGCUGGAGCGACUUGCGCCGCGCGGCGGCACCGAUGCGCCGAGCGACGAGGAGCAAGUGAGCGAUGACGAAAAGGUGUUUGACUACGAGAUCGCGCAGGAGGAGUUGCCGAACUACAACCCUGCGCACGUGGACGGGGUGACCCUCAUUGAGGACGAAGACGAAAAAGGACCGUCCAAGACCGAAGCGUUACAGAUGAUUCUGGCUUACGAAAACGCGAUCUCUAACGCAAAAGAGGCCAGGUCGCCGGUAGAUGAACGUCUCGUCGAGACUGUGCGCACGCGGAAGAAGGAGCUCACGGGCUCAGACAAGUUGAAUUACCCGAACAUGGACGCCGUGCAUCUGGCAAGAAAGGACAAGCUCGACAAGUUGCGUCACACGACGGAGUACACGGAGUACAAAAAGCAGAUCACGCAUCCCAACAUCAUCAGACCGUCGCAGAAGCCGAAGCUGAUCGACCCGGAUAUGGUGAUUCCGUACACGUCCGACGUGGAGAACAAGAUCGACUUGGAGAUUGCGAAAAAGUUGAACGACUCCACACGGAUCAGUCCGGUGGACCUGAACGUAGAGAACGCGCGCGCGAUCCAGCUGCUCACGCGUGGCGACUUUUUCCAAUUGAUUGAUCCCGCGCGCAAGCCCAAGUCGUUUUUGGUGUGUUACGACCACUCGGAGGAGGCAAAGUACGCGCUCGACUGGUGUAUCGGGUCUGUUCUUGCGGACGGCUCGGUGCUCUACAUCGUAGAGGUAAUUGAGGACGAUGAGAAGUUGAGCGCGCUUACCUCGUCAGAUCUGUCGCGCGCCCGCCGCCGCAUCGAGAACUGCAACGUCAUAGUUCAGUACGUUAACCGCUUACUCUCCAAGACGCGCUUGCAAAUCCACGUCGUGGUUGAGGUGAUGCACCACCCGUUGCCGCGUCACUUGUUCACGCAGGUGAUCAACCACUUGAAGCCGACAAUGGUGGUUGUCGGAUCCAAGGGAAAAUCUGCAUUGCAGGGUGUGUUGCUCGGGUCUUUGUCGAACUACUUGGUCACAAACUCGUCGGUGCCAGUGAUGGUUGUGCGCAAGCGCUUGAAGCAGUUGAUUAAGCGGGGAGAUGACAAGUUUCCAAACAAUAUCAAGUCAAUGGCGGACGUGGAAGUGAAGCGGUCGAUGGUGUAGCGAACGAGCCCAGGCUGUGUGAGCGAGACCUGUAAUAUAUUCUACUGUGAGGUUUUUGUAGUUGAUCUAUGGCUGUAGGAUCUGGACUCUAUUGGUAGUCAUGGCAGAUAACUUAUACAUGUUGGCAGUCUCAAGAGAGAAAAAACUAGAAUCUAUUCACUAUUCCUUCCUUUCACGUGUGACUAUUUCAUGAUGCACGUCCCCGGAUGCGCAAGCCGACGCAUCUCUGAAAAUGAGCGCUGGUAACGUCAUGAGCGAGCCAUUAUCCACCUCCCGAGCCAUAUCACAUGUAGAAACUUCUCACAAACCUUAUACUUCCGGAUUUCACUGCAGUUAAACUAUAAUUCACAAGCUUGGUGCUGGAC